AUGACGACAAACCCCGACGGUUCUGAGGAUGUCAAUGACUUCCUCUCGCGCAUCCGCGAACUUGGUGAAAAGCGCGACACCGAAGAUGAAGAGCGGACUAAGAAGCUAGAGGAGGAGAUCCUCCAGGGGCGCAAGGAACGACAAGCCCGCCGUGCUGGUACGAUCUUCCCCGUCUUCUUGCAGUUUUCACUUGCAGAUGCAGACCUUGUCGACAUCGACGGCGCGCUCGCUCGUUUUGCGCUGACCGCAGCUGGCCCCGCGCCGCAAUGGACUGAGCGAGCACGAUCCAUCGCCGGGUCUCCUACUUUGAAUCCCUCGAGACUGAGCGCCUCUUCCCUCGGUCAACCCUCGAUCGAGCCCCCCGAGCACCUGGAGCCGACGGUGCAGACCCAGGACCCCGACACCGCCACAGCGGACACGGCUAGAGUGGGCCACGAGCGAGAUGCCUCCGAGACCAGCUCGCGACGCGGGUCGGUUCAAGAGGUAGGACCUGAGUCUCCGACCCGGACCAUGCCCACCCUGUCGCGCAGCCGAACGGGGACCUUGUCAUGGCAACAACGCCCGUCGUCGCGGGACCUUGGGAACAGAUCCCCCGGCUCGACAUCUCCUACUCGAUCCAGUCAUUUGAGAAACACCUCUACAGCAUCCGAUCAAGACCGGUUGUCUCGUGCCCAGUUUGCCCAAUCCCUGCCCUCGAAGGAUCCCUCAUGGUUUCGACAGACUCCAGAUCGAACCGCAGACUCACCGGCCCUCCGAAAAACCGAACAUGAUUCAGAAGGGGUGGCCGACCCAGGCGAGGGCCAUCAACUGCUAGGUCUGAGUCGGGAUUCCACAAUUGAACCAGACCGAGCCGGACGAGCCGAGGACGCAACUCCCUCGCCCCCAAGAACCGCUUCCACAAUUGGCGAGAGCAGCUUUCAUAACCGAUUUUCGAGUGUCUCUUCAGUAUCACCAGCGACUGGAUUGGGUUCUCCAGUUACACUAUCAGAGGCACCAAAACUUGACCCCACCCAAACCGAGGCAUCAACCGAAGAGCCAGUGCCUGCAUCCCCCGCCCAGCGGCGAAUGUCACCAGAGCGAUCUCGAUCAACCUCGCCAACAAAGGGUCUUGGCGGUUUCGUUCAGAGUGCAAUGAUGAGGAGAUCGGACAGUGUAUCGAAGCGAUGGAGUACACAACUUCCACAGGGGCUGAGCCGAAGUAAUUCUAUUGUCUCAAAUCGCAAUAGUGUCGCGGCUCCAAGUUUGACAGCUAGUAUCAGUGAUAUGACCCCAACAACCAACUCACGAGUGAGUCGUGAAUCAUCGCCCGUGCUUAGCCAACGUCCUGGGUCGAGUCACAGCGAGGCGACAGUGGUGCGCCCAAAGGAGUCUACUGAGAGGCCUACAACCCCCUCAAACCCGGGACCUACCGACAGUGGCCGCCUAGAUGCUAGCCCGAGUCGACCAGCUCUCUACGGCCAUGCCCGGUCCACAAGCUCUAUGACCAUCGAUAGCCAAAAUACCGAGGGCCCCUCAAGCCCUUUCACCUCGAGGACAAUGGAUCCCAAACGAUGGAGUCCCCAGAAGGCCUCAUGGUUGGAAAGUGCCCUGAACCGACCCCCCGAAUCCCCCAAGCACCAGCGACAGCCAUCGCAGCCGGCAUGGCAGAGAGAAAGACAAUCAAGGGGUAGCGUCGAUCUGAGUCGUUUCAAGGAAGUGACCCCUAUUGGCUUGAUGCGGACGCCUCCCCCGGGAGGUCAUUUCAAAAAGCCCAGCAUUUCAGGAGCCCCAUCAGCUCUUGGUAGUCCCACUGCACCCAGGUCGAAGGAGGCAAUUCCCAAAUCACCCACUGUUGACGCAGAGGAGAAACUAUCACCAACCAAACCAGAGCCAGUGGCCGAAGAGAAAAUGGCAUCUUUUGAGCUCACACCCGAGCCCGAGAAGGAAGAACCGGUGAUCGAGCCCACGGCUCCAACUCGCAAGGCAGCGCCCCUCACUUUGAAUCCCAAGCCCAACUUUUCACUUCCUUCGCGAGAUCCAAUGUCACCUCGACUUGCCAAGCCGCCGCAAUCACCAGCUGUUGAUUUCCGAGCAAACUUACGAAAACGAGAAGUCGCCAAAGACACUGGGUCACAGAAGGAGCCAGAGUUCAAGAACGUAUUUGGCAAGCUUAAGAAGACCGAAACUCGCAACUAUGUUGCUCCGGAUGAACUCAAGGGCAACAUUAUGCGGGGCAAGGCUGCUCUUAACGUGACCGGUGGACCCAAAAGAACCGAACGGGUUGAUGAGUUCAAAGACAGUCUUGUGAAGCAAAAGGAAGCGAUGAAGGCUGGAGGGGGAUCGAUCAGACGGAAUACCGUGGGAAAAGAUGAUGAGCCUGAGAAACCUGCUGCCGAUGUGCCAGAGGCCAUUGCAAAGCGCCAUCUGAUGAACAGGACCAAUAGCAUCAGACCAACCAGUCCUGAAAAGAGCUUUGCCGCGUCUCGUGAGCGGACUGGUUCUUCAGCGACCUCUCCGGUUUCCCUGCCGCCUGUAUCUCCAUCUUCUACUGCAGGAGAGGUCGACGCGGUACAAAUCCCUUCGCCAACCAAACGCGAGUCCAUGACAAUUGAUAGGGAGCCGCAUGCUAUUUCAACACCAGUAGCUCAAGAUUCUACGACGGAAGAGUCUAGGUCUGUUGUGGAGGCGGAUGAUGUGCCCUCUGCAGAGGCAACUAGCCCGGCUCGUGGCCUGCCUUCUCUGAAAAACACAGAGGCUACACCGACAGUCAGUUCGUCUCCCAGUUCAGCUCCUAAAGGGAAACUCGCAGGCCGUAUCAACCCAGCCCUAGCUGCUCUCCUAUCCCGGGGCUCUCCAGUCGUGACUGAGGAGCCGAAGAAGGAGUCGGUAUCUGUCUCAAAUUCAAGUGAAACGUCAACUUCACCGUCCACGCCUCUCGCCCAUAUGACGAAAAGUCGCGCUAGAGGUCCUAAAAGACGGCUACCCAAGGGGACCGCUGCUCUGCCUGAAUUAUUCACUCAGGACACUAAGGAGGUUGGUGCAAUUUCGUCUCCCGAAGUCACAAGCCCAGAGACCGCUCCUGAGCCUGUAGUCUCAGAAGCCACGUCGAAGAGCCUGUCAGAAAACACCUUCGUUCUCAAUACUGAAAACGCCCGAACAGACAGCCCCCUCGACAAGCCCCUACCAGCCGUAGCUUCCAGCUUCCAGAAUGCUCUCAACAGCGGACUGCAACAGAGGCUGAAGAACACUCCCCCGUCUCCCGUUUCCACGGGAGGGCCCGACAUCUUUACCCCUAGUGAAAAAGAGAACGCAACCCUCACUCGAAAUAUGGAAUCGCCUGGAGCUGUAAGCCCACUCGGUCGGCCCCCCGUCCCGCCAAAGCAUAUCACAUCACCCUCACCUUCCCCAUCGCCAUCAACACCCGCACCAAGGCCACAGUGGGCCCAACAAGCGCGCUAUGCUUCGACCUCCCCAUCACCUCUUAGGACGAGCUAUGGUGAGAACCGAAUGGAAAAGCCGCAGCCGCCAACACCAACUCACAAGAACAUACCCGGGGUAACGGUUGCAGAUUCUUCGCCCAGAUCUAGUGAGCAGUAUUCUCUUCCAGUCCCUCGCAAGCGGUCCGACAUAUCUCUCGACAAGCCUUCUGAUCCGCAUCGAUUAUCACGAAAGAUGUCCGCGCCGUCCUUGGUUGCGCAAGCGGCGGAUGCCCGCGAGAUCAUUAAGCAAUUCUUUAAGACAUUUCCUAACCCCCGAGACCGAAUGGAUAUCGAUCCACAGCUUAUGUUGAUGGAAAAGGCCGACUCUUCAGUGGUCAGAACCAUGAAGCGUCAAAUCUGGGAACUCACCGGCGAUGGAAAGCGGCAAGAACUGCCAGUCAACCAGGAGUAUGUGCUGUACGAGGGAAGCAUGUAUUUAUGUGUACAUCUGUUCGAAGCGCAGAACAACAAGAACUCGGAAGUAUAUCUCUGGUGUGGAGACGAUGUUCCGGAAGGUGCACAGGAUGAUGCGCAACUUUUUGCUCGCAAAAUCGCCCGCGAAAAUGGCUGCAAACUCGAGGUCAUUCGUCAGGGCAGAGAGCCCAUGCGAUUCAUACAAGCCCUCGGAGGGAUCAUCAUCACCCGCCGUGGGUCUAGUUCUCGAUCCAACUCGUCAGCUCUGUAUAUGCUCUGUGGCCGGAAGCAUCUGGGCCAAAUGGCAUUCGACGAGGUCGACUAUUCGCUGCGCAAUCUCUGCUCCGGCUUCCCAUUCGUCAUUUCAGCCCCCUUUGGCAAGUUAUAUCUGUGGAAGGGCAAGGGAAGCAGUCCCGAAGAAACCGGUGCUGCACGUCUGAUCAGCAUGGACCUUGGCCUGACAGGCGAAUUCGAGGAGGUCGAUGAAGGCCAGGAGCCGGAGAGCUUCUUCGAUGAUUUCGCAGGCUCCAACGAGCCGAACCCGCUGAUGACAUCAGAGUACUGGCAACUUAAGCCUAAAUACGAUCACUUCCGCACUCGUCUUCUCAAGGUGGACCAUGAAAUGGGCCAACCGCCUCGUUUUUGGAUGCGCCGUCCAGGUUCGAGCUCACCUGUUGUUCGGCCAAACGAUACAGUGCGAGAGAUCGAACCUUUCUGCUACAAGGAUAUUAUUGAGCGAGAUGUCUUCGUUCUUGAUACUUUCUUUGAGAUCUAUGUGAUCGUGGGUGACCAUGCGUCUCAGAAGUCGGCCGACUUCGCCUCUGCAGUUGUUUUCGCGCACGAGUACGGCAUCCUAGCCGCAUCCCUUCAGGAUCGACCAUUCAUUCCGAAGAGCUUUAUUUCACUGGGCGGUGCGCCAGAUCGUUGUCAAAGUGCCUUCCGCAAAUGGAAUCAGCAUUCUCUUCAUGCUCCCUGUGUGUUCCCUUUGGACGUGGCGAUCGAGGCUCUUCGAUCUCCAGAUAGAGCGUAG